CCGUGGUGGUGGCUCCGGGCCUCAUCUCCGACUAGCGAGCCCGGCAGCGGGGCGGGGGCAGCCUGGGACCCCCAUUUUGCUCCAUCCCGCCGUUGGGGACGUGCGGGUGGGCGAGCCGGAGCUUCCGCGUGGUCGAAAUCCGAAACACGUGGUUUCUAAGGUCCCCAAACUGUAAAGAAAGUUUUAUGGUUCAGGCCAUAGCAGAAACGGUGCAGCGGUGCGGGAGGGCAGAAAGAGCCCGAGCUGCUGACGCCUUCCUCCUGUGGGUCGGGUCGGGCCGUUUCCGCGGCCCUCAAGGACCCGAACUCAUGACCCUUUCCCUGACACUCCGAAGGGUUCAGUCUCUUUCGACUGGGAGCACAAGGUAGAAAUGACUAACGAGAUAUUACGGAUGACAUUGAGGCUGAAAGACCACACAGGGAGCUACGUGGCCGAGCCCGGGCUAGUGCCCGAGUAUUCCUUGCAUUCGUCUGGGGUCACCACCGAGACCCGUUACAUCUACAAGUUCAAAAACAGGGUCAUUUAGCGACUCCCAGACAUCCCCGAGGGUGUUUCUGCGACUCUGCCGAGUGAAUGAAAGCUGGGCGCCAAGCAUGCACGCCCAAACCCGCGAAGGCUAUUCCUCUCCGCGCGGUGUCACUGUCACCCCUGGCAACCCGCGGGGUGCCGGAGACCCAGCUUUUUAAGGGUUGCCUAAGCCAGGCGAUCUUCGUUUUGCACGCCCGCCCGCGGCGCCGGCAGAGCGAACAUGGCUGUGGCUGCACGGGCGCUGUGGCCCAGCGGGCGCGCUCUGUCCUGGAGGCUGGGUGGUCGACCGGCGCCCGGACUGCUGGCUCAGAACCCGGCCGGCUUCGCGGGGGCGACGGGAGGCCCGAGCCCAGCCGCCAGCACUCACAAGCGGAGCCCGCAGCUCCUGGGGGCGGCGGCGCUGGCCCUGGGGGGCGCCUUGGGGGUGUACUACACCGCGCGGUGGCACCUGCGUGCCCAGGAUCUCCGCGCCGAGCUUCCAGCCACGCAGCUCUCCCUGUCCGGCCGCCUGCAGCUGACCCUCUACCAGUACAAAACGUGUCCCUUCUGCAGCAAGGUUCGUGCCUUCCUGGACUUUCACGCGCUGCCCUACGAGGUGGUGGAGGUGAAUCCCGUGCGUAGGGCCGAGAUCAAGUUCUCCUCCUACAGGAAGGUGCCUAUCCUACUGGCCCAGGAAGGAGACAGCUUGCAACAACUGAACGACUCCUCUGUCAUUAUCAGCGCCCUCAAGACCUACCUGGUGUCGGGGCAUCCCCUGGAAGACAUCAUCACCUACUACCCACCCAUGAAGGCCAUAAAUGACCAGGGCAAGGAGGUCACCGAGUUCUGCAACAAGUACUGGCUCAUGCUGGACGAGAAGGAGGCCCAGCGACUGUAUGGUGGGAAGGAGGCCAGGACGGAAGAGAUGAAGUGGCGGCAGUGGGCGGACGACUGGCUGGUGCACCUGAUCUCCCCCAACGUGUACCGCACGCCGGCCGAGGCCCUGGCCUCCUUUGACUACAUCGUCAGGGAGGGCAAGUUCGGGGCCAUGGAGGGCGCUGUGGCCAAGUACCUGGGUGCAGCCGCCAUGUACCUCAUCAGCAAGCGACUCAAGAGCAGGCACCACCUCCAGGAUGAUGUGCGCAAGGACCUCUAUGAGGCUGCCAACAAGUGGGUGGCGGCCGUGGGCAAAGACCGGCCCUUCAUGGGGGGCCAGAGGCCGAACCUAGCUGAUCUGGCGGUGUAUGGCGUGCUGCGCGUGAUGGAGGGCCUGGAGGCCUUCGACGACCUGAUGCGUCACACCCGCAUCCAGCCCUGGUACCUGCGGGUGGAGAAGGCCAUCGCCGAGGCCCCCCAGUGAGCCGAGCCUCCCCACUGAGAGGAACUGGGAUCCAGCAGACGUGGGCCGCCAGGGACCCGGGCCGCCGAGCCAGCACGCAGCAGUGCUGUGCAGGGGUGAGGACGGGAGCGUUCUGCCUCCUGCCCGCCCCAUGCCCCCAGCAUUCUCUGCUUCUCACACGGGACACCUGCUAGGGUUCUGGGACACUGAGGGACGAGGCCCAGGCCCAGUUCCCUUCACAGCCCCCGAGGGGCUCGGAGGGGCUACCUGCCACCGCCCUCCUCCUCCCCCUGCCUCCUGCUCUCCAGCUGUUCUCCAGGGCCCUAGGUGGCUGCCCUGCCUGUGCCCUGUGGCUGGGGAUUGGGCUGGGCACCUUUCCUGGACCAGGGAAGCAGGGGCACUCCGGUUUAGGGAGAGCCCUAUCCUCAGCUGCUCUUUCCAAAUGCUCCCAGGACUCUGUGACAUGUUUGAAAUAAAGGUGGCCGCUCCCCUCA